AUGGCGAGCAUUUGGAUCUCUCAACUGGGAACCAUUUGCAGCUCCAAGACGUUGUUCUUGCUGUUUUCCGUCCUGCUGCUCCAGGAGCCUCUCUGUGGAGAGGGCAGCCCCAUCUCCAGCACGCAUCAGAGGCAUCGUCCUGCUCCAGGGCUGGGAGACGGGCAUGGAGGGGUGGUGGAUCUGUCACUGCUGGAGCAGGACAGCAACAUGGACAUGCAAAGCCUGCUGGAGAGCCUGAAGGAGCAGUUUCUACGGACUUUCAACCUGUCUGGUUUGGGUCCUCCUCCCCUGCCUCCUGGAAGUACUCGAGAGGAACCACCUGAGUACAUGAUGGAGCUCUACAAUCGCUUUGCUAAUGAUCUGUCUGCCAUGCCGACUGCCAACAUCAUCCGAAGCUUCAAAAAUGAAGAUUCAUCUCCCAGUACUGUGGGUGUUGGAGGGGUGAGGCGCCACCCACUCCUCUUCAAUGUGUCAGUCCCGCAUCAUGAACGCAUCACAGCAGCUGAGCUUCGCCUCUACACCCUAGUCCAGACCGACCGCCACCUCUAUGCUGGUGUCGACCGCAAAGUCACUAUCUGUGAACUGGAAGUGCAUGAUUGGGAUGACAACAUGACUGCUGUGAACGCCGGGAGAGGGGAUGUAUUUACAGGGGGAGAAGAACGGAUAGAGCUGGUGGAGUUGGCUUCACGCCAGGUCUACGGCACAGAUAACGGCUGGGAGGCUUUUGACCUCACUGCUGCUGUCCAGCGCUGGCGCAAAUCUGACCGUGGCACCACACAUCGGUUAGAAGUGCACAUUGCCAGCAUUGCUAACGAUGACAGUGUUCAAGGUAUGAAAGAAGACAGCAAAGACAGGAGUCCGACUGAAGGGGACAUGAAGAUUGACACCAGUCCUGAGGAGAAACACAAACCCCUGUUAAUUGUUUUCUCAGAUGAUCAAAGUAGCGAUCACCGUGACGACAAACGUGAGCUAAACGAGAUGAUCGACCAUGAAACCUCUAAUAUGGUUCUGCAGAACGACUUGGGUACAGGCCUAAAUGGGCUGUGGGGGGAACUGGGAAGGGACAGGGAUGAAGGAGAUGAAGAAGGUGAGCCAGGUGAAGAAGACCUUAUCCAGAUGCGCUCCAAUCUAAUCUAUGACACGGCAUCCCGCAUUCGUCGCAACGCUAAGGGAAACCACUGCAAGAAACAAUCGUUGUAUGUAGAGUUCAAGGACAUUGGAUGGGACAGUUGGAUCCUGGCACCCACUGGUUACGAUGCCUUUGAGUGCAGUGGUACUUGUUCCUUCCCACUGACGAAGCACGUCACACCUACAAAGCAUGCCAUAGUUCAGACAUUGGUCAACAUCAACAGUCCUCAGAAAGCAGCACGAGCGUGUUGUGUGCCCACCAAACUGGACCCCAUCUCCCUGCUGUACCUGGAUGACACAGGUGUGGUCACCUACAAGUACAAGUUUGAAGGCAUGGUGGUGGCUGAGUGUGGCUGCAGAUAG